AUGCUGUCGUGGACUUUGAGAUCCUUGUGUAGGAGCAAGAGGCGGCGGCGCGGCGUCGUCGCUGCCCCCCUUCCCAUCCCAUCUGGGGCUGUCUGGGGAAUGUUUAUUUCUUCCAUCAAUCAUGUUCGCGGGGAGAGCGGGUCCCCCGUCCCCUUAGGCCUCGUUUGA